AUGGGGAAGCAUUUGAGAUUUUUAGUUUCCUUACUCGUCGAAAUUCUCCUCUUUAAGGAAGGAACAUUUGAUAAUAAACAUAUGGAUGAAGAACUAUCCAUUAUCGAUGUCUUCGAUUUAACAACGGCUACCACUUGGAAGGAUCUUAUGGAUUAUUAUGGAGCUAUUGAAAAACAUUGGAGGAUAUGCGUUAACUGUGGCAUACCUACAUUAGGCACGGCCAUACACCUCGAGCACGCGGGUUCCACGGGCUCUAUGCAACCCGCUGUAAUACCAACUGAAUAUCUACUCACAAGAUUAGAGAUAGUGGACUUAACGUCUCACAUCAAGUCGCAGCAAGCCGCAGUCAUAACUCUGGACAUGGCACUCCAGUGGUCAGCUCUCAAGCACGAUCCUCGCGAACCCACGCUCAUACUUUUCAAAUUCGGUUGGAAGCGAUCUCUUGUAAGUGACAAGAGACGAUGCGUUUGUAAAAUACCUGGUCUAAGCUACGAACUGGCGGAGUGGAUAGCUGCGAACAUGAGCCACGUGGUGGGCGUGGCGACGGACGCGCCAUCCCUCGAGUCAGAGCAGACGCGCGAGUUCACCAGCCGGACCAUCGCUAACGUUCUCGGGAAAAGUGGUAUCUACAUGAUCGAGAACGUCAACAUUAAACGCAAGAUGCCUGAGCGUGGCUGCAUGGUAAUAGCGAUGCCGUUGAAGAUGCUUAGUGCCAACUACGUACCCACACGCCUCACAGCAUUCUGUCCGUCUCAGAAGACCGACCAGCACGUGGCAAUCGCACUCAAGAAGUCCACAUACACCACGCAGAUCGUAGAGAGUAGAGUCUAUGAUGUUAACUUAGAUGAAUUGGUAUAA